GUGCAAUUAAGCACGCUCGGUUAAAUUAAUCUUCAAACUCACCACCAAAAAACAAACCAAGCAGUUCGAAGCGAGGUAGCAACAACACGCCUUCCUUCCAUCUCCACAGCCUGAACAACCAAAAUGAGUCUGAGUUUGUACGCUAUCCAGGCUCUCUUCAUUCUAGAUAGCUCUGGAAAACGAAUUUUCUCUAAGUACUACACUGCUCCACACAUAGAUUCGUCGGAACAUACGAACGAAUUUCAGACGACAGAAGAGGAAUUGGCCUUUGAGAAAGCAGUGUUCAAGAAAACUUGGAAAACACAAAACGAUGUCUCUGUCGUAAUGAAGCACAAGGUUGUGGCUGUCCAGACACUGGAUAUGGUAUUCUACGUUGUUGGAAGCAGCGAUGAGAACGAGAUGUUGCUAUACGAGUGUGUCUGCUCGGUCCGUGACGCCUUGGAACUGCUACUGAAAGGCGUCCCUGACAAAAAAACACUCUUGGAGAACUAUGGUCUUCUUGUAUUGACUGUUGAUGAGACCAUUGACGAUGGAAUUAUUCUCGAAAGUGAUCCAGUUCUCAUUGCUGGUCGUGUCACAAAAGCACCCACUUCCGACGCACAGGCACUUGUUUCCGAUAUCAAGGAGAUGGGUUUCAUGAGUUCUUUGCAAAAAGCCCGCGAUAAGUUUGCUGAACGGAUUCUUCGUGGUGCUUUUUAGAGGGACAAUGUUCGCCAUUUUCGUCUUGGAGUGCCGGCUAUGAAGACGUAAAUAAACCUCAGCUACAUUCUUUUACUAUGGUACCCAAGGCCUUUGGUCGUACGCUGACGAUAACCAAACUCAUGCACUCAACGAUGACUUCUAAUAAAUGUUAUUGAGGGAAGAACACAGGAGUGGAGUAGAUAAUUCAGUAAUCCAGCAAUAGUGGUUGAGAAACUAAGAGUUUACAGGAGGGAGGAAACAUUCACACGGGAAAGAUCGAAUUAAUUGUUACAGUUCGCGAAACUACCAACUCAUCUUUGACACGACCUCCUAUUCACUUUACAACACCUCUUCAUCCAAUCAACAGAAAAAAAUAUUUUGAAACAAAUUUAAUUAAAGCACUAAAUCUAGUACUUCUUCUCAGUUUGCAUCAAAACGUCGGCGUACUCCUCAAU